AUGGCGGCCUCCUGUUCGGUAGUGUGCUGUGGAGAAGAGAACGACUCGGAUAAAGCUGUUAUAUUUCGAUUUUCCAAUGGCAGUGUCCAAAAUGCAGAGAAACUGGAUUUUACAAUGUACAAGAGCGCAGAUGAGAUUAAUCCCCGGAAAAAAACGAGGCGUAUUGUGGUGGCUGAAUCGCAAAGAUUGUCCUAUGUUGGACAAAAUUUCGGAACAGGAGCUCUUAAAUGCAACAGUCUUUGCAACUAUUAUGUUGGAGUUCUCAACAAGCAAACCAUGCAAAUGGAAUUGCACAGUGCGCAGCUCUUUAAUAUGCAACCUGUUAUACCAGGGGAGAGCUCAGUGACUGCUGACAAAGACACAACUCAGACAUACAAAGAAAAGGUUGACGCUCUGAUUGAGGCGUUUGGUACCAACAAACAGAAAAAAGCUUUGAACUCUCGCAGACUCAACAAAGUUGACAGCAACAUGCUGCAGCAGGUGGUCACAAAGGCUGCCAACACGGUUAUUGAUGAGAAGGGUCUGGAUGCUCUGCAACAGGAAAUUGCUGAGACGGAGGCACACACAGACUGUGCUCUCCACAUUCCUCCGUCCAAUGCAGAUGCAGAGACACCUGAGGAUGUCUACCCACUGGAUGAAAUCCUAAGUCCAGUGGACUUUAAGGCCUUGGAGGAGGCCGGUUCCAAAAUGGCAGCACUCACUACUGAAGAGUUACAGAAAAUGAGAGAGAGCGGAAGGGUUCUUUGUGUCGUGAAGCAUCUGGAAAACCUGCCCAGUGAUGACGAAGCCCGAAAGAAGAUGGCGUGCUGCGCUUAUUACCUCUCUCUGCUUCUCAAACUGUCGCAGCAAAGAAGCAUCAGCCGAAAGUUUGGUAUGGAGGAAGGGUGUCCUCGCAUUGUGCAGAACAAACUAUUCAGAACAUUCACAGUGGAGACUUUCAAAAAUGGCAGGGUCCAGAACAUGGUAUCUGCUUCAAAGAGUGUCAAAUUAGCAUCAUACUGCCUGGUUCUGCUGCUCCAUAUGGGUGACAUGACUGUUGACCUCACAUUACUGCAUAGGGACUUGGCAUUGAGUGAGGGCAGGAUAAUUGAAAUCGCCAAGUCAUUGGGCUUGACCAUGGUGAAGCCCCGUGGAAAAAACCUUAAGGCUGGCCUGCAUGAUGAACACAAACAGGCUUCCCUCAUACUCCCUCUGGUAAAAUAUCAGCCGUUUAUGGAGAGAAGGAAACGUAAAAAGAUGCAUUAA